UUCAUCUUGAUUUUCACGUUUUCCUUCAUUUGUGCAAAACUAAAACGCGUGGCAAAGGCCUCAGUGACCACAUCCAAUCAAACUCCUACUUUGCUACUCAUUCCACAAAUUUUGUCAUGCAGAUAUAUUACAUAAAAAUUAUUUAAUUACGAAGAGCAGAAAUUUUGGGUGGAGUUUGGUGUGGAGUCCGGUCACCUUCAAUCUUUCAUUUAUUUCUGUUGAAAAUUUGUUUUCUGCAACAAAAAGGUCUAGCAGAUAUGUGUUCGUCUGCAAUUUCCUUCAUUUCAAGCCCACACUCACUUAGCCUCACCCAUGUCUUCCCAACUAAAACAAAUCCAAUAUUCAAUUGCAGAGUCCCUCCUUUGAAGCCACCUUCCUUCAUCAGAAUCCCAUAUGGUUCCUUUAAGAAGCCCUCCUUUUUCACUUCCUCCAAGCCCUUUUCUCCUCUCAUGAAAUGGCAGGAUUGCACGGUAAAAAUGGAAAUUGAUGUUCCUGCCUCGGUGGCUUACCAAUUGUACUCUGAUCGAGAAGCAAUUCCCAAUUGGAUGCCAUUCGUUUCAUCUGUGAAGGUAUUAGAAGACAAGCCUGAUUUGUCACGGUGGUUCGUGAAAUAUAAAGCAUUUGGUCGUAAUAUUGAAUACUCUUGGCUUGCUAAAAAUAUGCAACCCAUUCCCAAUCAGAAAAUUCACUGGAGAUCUUUGGAAGGACUUGGUAACAGGGGUGCUGUUCGAUUCUAUCCGAAAGGUCCCUCAUCCUGUUUAGUAGAUCUAAGAAUUUCAUAUGAAGUUCCUCAACUUUUGAUUCCGGUGGCUUCCGUACUUCAACCUUUCAUGGAAAAUUUACUGGAACGAGGUAUGGACCGAUUUGCAAAAUUUGCUAAAAGUUCAAGCUCAACAAGAUAAUCAUUUCACCUGGGUGCGUCCUUUUGCCAAUAAUAAUCGCUGAUUCACCUAUAUUCAAUCCCAGUACCCACCGUGUGGGACAAUCAAAUCUCGUCUUGUAUAGUUCUUUAUUCAUCUCUGAUUUGAAGAUUUUAUCACAUUAUUAUUAUUAUUAUUAUUAUUAUUAUUAUUAUUAUUUUUGCAUAAGCUCUGUAAUUCCAUUAAACCAGAUGCAAUUUUGUGGGGUUGGAAAUAAAUGCAUCAAAUUUUCAUUGAUAA